AUGACACAGUUGGAGCAAAUCGAAACUGUAACCAGAAGAAAGCUUUGCACAGAGAAGAAUAUGGCCUCUAACCAAUCCUCAUUGCCCUCCUCCAACAAUUCCCACUUCGAUGAGCUCCGGUGGCUGGUCCACGUCCGACAUGCCUUCGCACAGAUGCUCGAAGAGGAAGACACGAGCGUUCCUGUCGCAAUUUUCGAUGUCCCCAAGUCCCUCCUCUCAACCAACCCUGAAGCUUACGUUCCCCAGCUCUUUGCCCUUGGCCCCUACCACAAGGGUCGGCCCGAGCUCUAUGAUAUGGAGCGCUACAAGAUUGCCUCUGCACAAAGAACAGCAAAAGCUUUAAGAGACCUUAGAUUCGAGCUCAUCGUCGAUUGCUUCAUUGAACUCGAACACAAGAUCCGCGCCCCCUAUCACCGGUACCUUGAUUACAAUGGAGAGACUUUAGCAUGGAUGAUGGCCAUUGACGUGUGCUUCUUGCUCGAAUUCCUUCAAAACCAUCCUGGUGAUAAAGAAGUUAAGGCUGUAGGAAACGGGUUCUCUAAAGUGAAUUGGGUAAACAAUGCCAUAGUUAGGGACAUCAUGAUGCUAGAGAAUCAGGUACCUCUUUUUCUUCUAGGAAAGAUUUUAGAGUUCCAGUGCUCAUCGACACAAGUUGCUGAUGAAGUGCUAUCAGAAAUAUUGGAGAGUUUCAUGAAAGAAGUUUCACCCUUCAAGAUGGUAGGUAAUAUAGUCGAUAUCACGCAACAUGUGCACCUGCUGCAACUCCUCUACCACAUGGUCGUUCCUAAAUGUAAAGGCCAAAUAGAAUCAAUAGAAGUAGUCAUUCGAGAUGAUGAAAGCAAACGAAAUGAUCAGAAAUUUGAGAAUUACGGCAAAGUGAAACGAGUUUUUGUUACACUUUGGAAUAACGUAUCAGGUCUAAAUUUUGUGCCGAUCCGCUAUGUUAAACAAGUCCUGACCUCAAGGCCCAUAAAGCUCUUAGUGCAACUCCCAUGGAAGGUUCUCAGUAAGUUGCCUGUGCUUUCAGUCUUCACUAACUUCGUCGAGCAGUUCUUCUCCUCUCAAACAAAUGCGGACUCCAAAAGUGAAGAAUUGAACUCAACUACCAAUAUUAACAAACCACCAUUGAUCGAGGAGAUAAUAAUUCCUUCAGUAACCGAGCUUGUUGAUGCCGGUGUAAAGUUUGCUCGGACUCAUGAGGGCAUAAACGGGGUUAGCUUUGACAUGAAAUCCGGUAUAUUUUAUCUCCCCACUGUGACUUUGGACAUUAAUACAGAAGUUGUACUGAGGAACUUGGUAGCAUAUGAAGCUUCAGGUAUAUUUGGGCCACUAGUUUUUACAAGAUACACCGAAUUGAUGAAUGGAAUCAUAGACACCGAGGAAGACGUGAAGCUUCUGCGGCAAAGUGGGAUCAUCUCAAACCGUAUGAAGAGCGACAAAGAGGUAUCUGAUAUAUGGAAUGGCAUGAGUAAAUCGGUUAGGCUAACGAGGGUGCCAAAGCUAGAUAGAGUUAUCGAAGAUGUGAAUAAGUACUACAACAAGAAUUGGAGGAUCAAGACAAGCAAGCUUAUGAAGAAAUAUGUCUUUAAUUCAUGGAAAUUCCUCACACUUCUAGCAGCCAUUCUGCUCUUGUUAAUGACUGCGUUUCAGGCCUUCUGUUCAGUCUAUGCCUGCAGUCGUUGGUUUGGUAACCUGAAGUUUGAAGACAACUAG